AUGUGCUUCUACCGCGGAACCGUCUACAGCUGCAAGCACAGCGAGUUCGGUAAGAAGGUCUCCGACUGCAAGGCCCAGCGGGACUUUCUCGACAGCACCGACAAGGAGAAUAACGCGUGCACUGAACGUCGGAUCCAUUCGAUGAACCGCGUCCGCGAUGACUCCAGGUGCAGAAAGUGCCAGCGCCUCGACGCACUCAGGACCCGCACUAGAAAAACCUUCUUGAGCCUCCGGGAAAACCUGGAGAAGCGCAGGACAACUUCUGAAAAGCCUGCAACAGAGAUUGGCGAGUCUUCUAGUGGCAUCUCAUCUUCUGGGCAUGCCUCGGGGGAUGUUGUCCCAUAUGUGAAGCAUGGAUCCUCCGCUGAGCUUGUUGGAGAGGCCUGGACGUCAGACAACACCUUGGAUGAUGUCCCUUGUUCCAGUAGAUCCAAUACUUGUGAGCUUUCGAGGAAGCUAGAUGCUUCUGGAAAGUCCAAGGAUAGAGCUUUCAAGCUUGACGCGACGAUAUUUGAGCAUGACAUGGCUUCAAAGUGCGCGUCUUCUUCUGGUGUGUUCGACGACGUCAAAUCUCCGGAUCAUGAUGGCCCUUGUGUAGAUUCGAAGCAGAACCAGCUAUCAGUUUCUCACUCGCUACUACUUGAGAAAGAAGAAAAGGAGUAG